GAGCUCCGUUUUAUUCCUUCUUAUUUACCUAAUCAGUCCUUUUCCCCGUCGCCUUACUCCAAGGGUAGGGGGUGUGCAUAGGCAGAAGUUAACCUAUGCUUAAACCUUGAUUUAGUAACAGUUCAUACUUACACCUUUGUGUUAUUUUACUUCUUUACAUUCGCAUUUUCAACGCGCGUAAGGAUUUUUUCAGGCAAUUUUAUUUAAAUAUAAAAGCAGUAACCUCUCAAGAUGAUUGACACAACACCUGGAGCAAAGCCCUUUGCAGUUCAGCUGAAGGCCCUGAUGGACCUGGAAGGCCGAUACCAACCAAAGCUGAGUGGUCUGAGGCUCAUCGAGAGUGCCCAGGACAACAACCUCAGGAUGACCACCAGGUUGAGAGAACUAGAAGUUAAGGACCUGCUCUCCCUCACCAGGUUUUUUGGUUUCAGCUCAGAGACCUUCUCACUGGCCACCAGCUUGCUAGAUCGGUUCCUCUCUGUGAUGAAGAUUCAACCCAAGCACCUGUCCUGUGUUGGACUGUGCUGCUUUUACAUUGCUGUGAAGUCUUCAGAGGAGGAGAAGAACGUGCCGCUGGCCAGUGAUCUGAUCCGCAUUAGUCAGAAUCGCUUUACGGUGUCCGACAUGAUCAGAAUGGAGAAGAUCAUCAUGGAGAAGCUCUACUGGAAGGUGAAAGCCCCCACAGCGCUGCACUUUGUCCGCCUGCUUCACAGUCACAUCCAGGAGCAGCUCGACACUGAGAGCAGGAAGAUCCUGAGCAUUGAAAGGUUGGAGGCCCAGCUAAAAGCGUGCCACUGCUCGUUUGUCUUCUCUAAAAUUAAACCAUCUCUUUUUGCCAUUGCUCUGCUGUGCUUUGAGGCACAGGAACAACAUGACCCGGAGCACGCAAACAAAGUAUUCGAGGCUCUGAAAAACUUGCAGCAGCAGCUAAAUGUGAAAGACGGUGACCUGGUGUGUGUCCGAGAGCUGGUCGGAAAGUGUCUAGCUGAAUACGCCACCACCAAGUGCUCCAGAACCAUCGGCCAGAGACUCCGCUGGACAAUCUCAGGAAGAACUGCUCGUCAGCUGAAGCACAGCUACUACAAGAUCGCUCAUCUACCCACCAUCCCCGAGUCUGCUAGUUAAACCGGGGGCAGAGGGACGGGUGACGUCACAGUUGUCCUCACUGUAACGGUCACCCAGUAACGCUUUAUUUUCCUUACAGACUUUCAUCAACGAUGAUGCAUUUCUUUAAGGAAAAGCUUUUGUUUCCUAUAAGGUUGAUUAAACACACUAUUUGUCCCUUUUGAGGUGGAUCUGCUGCCACACUGCUGAGUUUAGCUUUUCUGGUUGUGUUGCCUGCACAGGUGUACACUUAUGUACCUGUUUGAAUCUGUACUGAGGUUUUUGGUAUUCCCUGGUAUGGGUUUUUGGUUUUAAGCUUAAAAGUAUUGAACCACCUAGGUCCUCAGUCCACCAUGUGGAAGAGGAGGGAGAAGGAUUUUGAGAACAUCAAAGACGGAACCAAGAAAUCGGGCCCAAGAUCCUUAACUCCCACCCUAGGUUGAUAAGCUGUCCUGAAUUGCACACUCCUACCCAAGGUGAUGAUUUUCUUUUUUUUUUUUUUUUGAUGAGGUGAGGGAGCGCUCCUGGUUUAGACCAUUGAAGUGGAACGAGUGGUGACGCGGUCACUCGUGGCUAACGUUAUGUUCGAACUGAAAUGUUCAACACCUAAGUUGUUUUCACUGAAUCCACAUUCUGUGGACACCAUGUGAUUGAAAUUAGUUUUAGUUCACUAAAAGUUGCCAUUGUCAUGGGAAUGCAGCUUGGAAUUUGUUCAGCAUUUUCUUUCCCAGUUUCCCUGCCUGGGACGUUUUUGCUAGUGACAGUAAUAGUGUUCUAGAGUUCAAAACGGUCAAAGGAAAGCCCCAUCUGACAAACUUGUGCACCUGUACCUUUCAAUAAAAUUUUAUUGAAAAGCUAUAA